AUGCCAGAAGUAAGCGAAAUUGACAAGUGUAGAGCGAAGAGAAAAGUCGCGAAAGCUAGCGUGACAAGAAAUAUGAAUCGUGUCAGAGAGCUGAUCUCUAGCGAUGGAAGUGUUUCGAAAGUCCGACAGUUUGCCAAAGGUGUAGAAGAAGGUCGUACGAAAGCCCGUGACCUUAAGAAAAAACUGGAAGAGCUUGAUCCAGCGUCAAUUGAGACUGAUGGUAGCUGGUUAGAAGAGGUAGAAUUUGAUGUCAACGAAGUCCUGGGAGAAGUUGCUGAAUAUUUAUUAAAGUCUGAGAGCCCAUCGCCAAACGAACAGUCUAGUAUUACACCACCAACUGCUCAGAAUAAUGAUGAAAAUACUGAAACUGUGAACGAUUCAAUGUCUGGGAAAAGAACUGGUCUGAAAGGUGUUGAAAUCCCAUCAUUCGAUGGAAAACCAGAUAAGUGGCCGUACUUUGGGGGAAUAUUUAGUUCUCUUGUCCAUAAAAACGAUAAACUAACGCCAGCAAUCAAGCUAGCUCAUCUGAAUAGCUGUUUAACGGACAGAGUACGUGAAGUUAUUGCAUGCCUGACCGGGGAGCCUGGGGACUGUAAGUCUCGAUCCUCAACUCGUGGACGGUGUUUUACGGGUAGGCGGCAGAAUCGAAAAGGCGGAAAUUCCGUGGGAGUCGAAGCAUCCAGUUAUGUUGGACCACGGACAUGUUGUCACCCGGUUGAUCGUGAUCCACUAUCACCGAAAACUUAUCCACGCGGGAGUCGAACAUGUCUUUAA